AUGCACUUCACGCCCUCCCUCGUCGCCGUUGGCCUCGCUGCCAUCGGCCAAGUCGCGGCCAAGCCUUAUCCCAAUCCCGCUCAGGGCCUCAAGCCCAUCAAGCAGAUUGAGCUGGGCCCGCGUCCUUACUUCCUGGUCGACAGCAUGGAGGACGGCCCUCUCAAGAGCAUGCUGGACUCGUGCAAGGAGAUGAAGAUCAAGCCUUCUUCCUUCUCCAUUGCCCACCGUGGUGGUGGCCCGCUGCAGUUCCCCGAGCACUCGCGAGAGUCCAACCUGGCGGGCGCUCGCAUGGGCGCCGGCGUGCUCGAGUGCGACGUCGCCUUCACCAAGGAUCUCGAGCUGGUGUGCCGCCAUAGCCAGUGCGACCUGCACACCACGACCAACAUCGUCAACAUCCCCGAGCUCAACAAGAAGUGCACCACGCCCUUCCAGCCCGCGGCCAACGGCAAGCCCGCGGCGGCCAAGUGCUGCACCAGCGACAUCACCCUCGCCGAGUUCAAGUCUCUCUGCUCCAAGAUGGACAGCUUCAACGCCAGCGCCACAACGCCCGCAGACUACCUCGGCGGCAUCCCAACCUGGCGCACCGACCUCUACAACACCUGCGGCACCACGCUCUCCCUCAAGGAGCACAUCGCCAUGACAAAGGCCCUAGGGUUGCAGUUCACCCCCGAGCUCAAGACCCCCGAGGUGCCCAUGCCCUUCAAGGGCCACUACACCCAGCAGCAGUACGCGCAGCAGUUCAUCGACACCUUUAAAGAAGCGGGCAUCCCCGCCUCCCGCGUCUGGCCCCAGAGCUUCCUCUACGACGACAUCCUCUACUGGCUCAAGCACGAGCCCAAGUUCGCCAAGCAGGCCAUGUACCUCGACGAGAUUGCUGAUUUCGCCGGCAUGGACGCUGCCGUCAAGAACCUCACCCAGUACCACGCCGACGGGGUCAAAAUCGUCGCUCCUCCCCUGCCGUACCUCGUCACCAGCAAGAACGGCAAGAUUGUGCCCAGCGAGUACGCCAAGAAGGCUAAGAAGCUGGGCCUCAAGAUUAUUACUUGGAGUUUGGAGCGUUCUGGCCCUAUUGCUGCCGUGCAUGCCAACGGCGACUACUACUACUCUUCCAUCCAGGAUGUCGUUACGAGGGACGGUGAUAUUUACACCCUUGUUGAUGUGCUCGCUCGACAGGUUGGUGUUUUCGGCAUGUUCUCUGAUUGGAGUGCUACCGUGACUUACUACGCCAACUGCUUCGGUCUCGGACUGUAA